AUGGGCUGGGACAGAGGAGACCAACCCUCACGCAUUGGGGUUGCUUUAAUUGGCACUGGCGUCUCUCUCGCCAUCCUGGUGCUCUUGUUUGCUGCCGCCCGAUUUUAUACACGAUGCAUGCAACGAGUGAAGUUCGGUCUCGAUGACUGGGUCUUUCUUAUUGCAGUGGUUGCCAUUGUUACCCGCGGGAUAUUUCUGGUUGUCUUGGUUGAAAUGACUGGUCUUGGAUACAAACCCGCGGAGCUUUCUCAUCCAGCUCACGACGUAUCUCAAACCCGCAAGGGGCUUUAUGUGCUUGAGAUAUUUGAUAUCCCCCUCACUAUUACGCCAGCCAAAAUAUCCCUCCUUCUAUUUUAUCGACGGAUCUUCUGCACGCGGAGUUUCCAAAUCACCGCCUCUUUGAUUGGAUCCAUUAUCCUGGGGCUGGGGAUUGCGACGCUGUUUCAAACAAUAUUUCAAUGUUCCCCAAUAUCGGCUGUUUGGGAUACAGAUGUCUAUGCACCAGAGAAGAUUGAAGGGAUGUGUGUCAACCAGGUAGUCUUCUACCGCGUGGUCUCCCCCAUCAAUCUUGCAACGGGGAUCAUGACUACGCUGUUACCAAUCCCCUGGGUAUGGAAGCUUCAUUUGCAAAAAGGGCAAAAGAUCUCCGUCAUUGGUGUAUUUCUCUUGAGCGGGCUUGGGACUGUUGCCAGCGCGAUCAUUACAGAGGCCUAUUUUACCAAGCUGAGCCCUAAAGUAGGCGAUCAAAGCGCUAUUAUGGGGAAGAUUGGAAUCCUCACCUUGGUUGAAAGCGCCGUCAUCGUCAUCGGGGUUUGCCUCGUGAGCAUCUGGCCCUUGGACGUCGCAGCACCCAGGCUGGUAUAUGAGCACAGUUUCAGUACAGCCUAA